CUUCAAUGUCAAAAAUAAAAUAGGACUCGCUCGCUCAAAAAAGCAAGAAAAUCCGUGGAAAACUAGAGAAAGUUCUCAUUACCGGCGAUUUUUUAUAAAUUGAAGAAACAAAGUAACGCAGUAUAGAUUAAAAUGAGUUCAAAAAUAUUACGGACCUGUUAUCUAUUUCAUAAAACUCUCAGUAAAAAUAGUGCGAACUUCAAACCUGCCUCGACUAACCUGCAGUUUUCGACGACUGUGCAGUCUAUCAAAAAGGAUGAUCAUAAAACCGGUUCGACUAUAGAUCAAGAUGAUCUUAACAAGUUUACCAAACAAACAGAAUAUUGGUGGGAUCCAUCAGGCCCUGUUAAGGCUCUUCAUUCUAUGAACGAGAUUAGAGUACCCUUUGUCAGAGAUGGAUUAGUUCAAUGUGACCUCGAUAAAAGAAGUCUGACUCCUCUUAAAGAUAAGAAGAUUUUGGACAUAGGCUGCGGUGGAGGUAUAUUAUCAGAGGCAUUGGCUAAAAUAGGCGCAACGGUUACAGGCAUAGACGCAAACAAAGACAUGAUUGAUGUGGCUAAACAACACAGUGAGUCAAACAGUAAAUUAGUCAACAAACCAAAUUACUGCUGUACUACAAUUGAAGAUCACGUAAAUGACCACAAAAACUUCUACGAUGGUGUGGUUGCUUCAGAAGUUAUAGAACAUGUCAACAAUCAAGAAUUAUUUGUGAAGUCAUGUAUUGAAGUAUUAAAACCCGGAGGAAGAAUAUUCUUCACUACACUUAAUAGAACUCGAAUGACACAAGUCUUCGGUAUUUGGGUAGCUGAAUAUAUUUUGAAUAUAGUGCCGAAAGGAACUCACCAGUAUGAGAAAUUUAUCACACCAAAUGAACUGACAUUUUUGUUAGAAAGAAAUAACUGUCACGUGGAAGUGGUUUAUGGCACAAUGUACAAUGUUUUAUUAAACAAAUGGGAUUUCGUCAGUUUCCAAACUUUCAUGUAUGCACUUCAAGCUGAGAAGUUAGAAACAAAAUAAUUUUAAUACAAAGUCACUCUUUUUACUGUGAAGUCAGAAGAACAAUAGUAUUUUUAUUUUAUUUACUAAUAAUAUCUAUUUAUUGUAAAUAUAGAAAAUGUAAUUUUAAA